AUGCAGCUCCCCGCCAUCUGCGUCCUGGCCGCGACAGUCCUAGCCACCAACGCCGCCAUCACCUUUGACCCGUUCUCACCGAACAUCUUUUCUAUCAUCCCGAGCCAGGCCGAGCCUCCGCAGUGCUUCUGGAGCGGCACCUCGCCGUUCUGUGCGGGCAGCUGCCCCGAGGGAUACACCGACACCGCCACAAGCUCGUGCGGAGAUGGCGCGUGCUGCUGGACCGGCUACAAGAAUGUUGUCAUGCGUAUCAAGUUGGUCCUACGUUGA